AUGGCUCAAGCAGUCGCCGACGUGCCCGACACUGGCCUCGCCAGCAAGCCCGAAGACCCAGCCAAGGCCUCCGAGAUCAAAGAAGACGGCGACGGCCCCUCGCGCGAGUCGGCCGUUUCUGCCGCCUGCCUGGCCUGCCGGAGCAAACAUCUCAAAUGCGACGGCCAGUCCCCAUGCUCGCGAUGCGUUGGCUCCAACUUCGAAUGCAUCUACGUAGCUUCUCGACGCGGCUACAAGGGCCCUCGCCGAGGAACCGCCCAGAACCCAAACAAACGCCAUGCCACCUCUCCUCCGGACACCGACUCCAUCAGCAUCGCGCCGUCCGAGUGCCCCAUGCUGCUGGGCGCCGGAGUCUCCAGCGCCAUGUCGGUGCCCGUGCCGUCGAACCCAAUGUCCAUCCACGGCUUCAGCCCCAGCUUGAUGCCCGAGGCGUCUCCAGCAGCAUCUUACCAAGACACCCCGGGCGUCUCGCAAGCUCAGUUGUACAGGUCAUAUUGUAGCAUCAACGGCAUUGAGCCGAACGGCCUGGUGACGGGUACCCACCUCCCUUUCCCCGCUCACUUUCCCAUGCAGACCCUCCAGGAGAGGUGCAUCGACUCAUUCUACCGUUACUUUCAUGGAUCGCACCCUUUUGUGCUGCCCAGGGAGCACCUGCUGCCGCUUGCCAAUGGGACGACCCUUGACCCACUGAUGGCCGUGAUCCGAUGGGUGGGAUCGCUCUUCAUCGAUGUCGGCAAAUCAAGGCCGAGUCUGUACGAUGACGCCAUGCGUCUUCUGGACGACUUGAGCUUUCCUCAGGACGGAUUCAAGGUCCAGGCCAUGAUGCUGUCCAUCGUUGCCCUGGACGGCUGCUGUGAAAACACAAAGGCAGCCGAGCUGCUUGGCCGCACCGAGACACUGGCCCUCCAGAUUGGUCUUAACAAGGGGCAUUUUGCUUCUCUAAAUGGGCGGGGCAACCCAGUGCUGGAGGAGAGUUGGCGGCGAACAUGGUGGGAUCUGUUCAUCAUUGACGGCAUGAUUGCCGGCGUUCAUCGAAUGACCAAUUUCUUGCUCUAUGAUGUCCCUACGGAUGUCAACCUUCCAUGCGAGGAAUCGCAGUAUUUUGCAGGGCACAUACCUCCACCUAUGACCUUGGAAGAGCUAGAAGACCGGGACUUUUCUGGUGAUGAGCGCCGAUUCUCUUCCUUUGCGUACAGGAUUCUCUGUGGACGAAACCUGGGUAGAUUUAUGAGGACACCUCCCAUCUAUGGGCCAGAGGAUGAAAAUUUGGGUCGCAUCGAGGCCCUUCUUACCAACUGGCGACUCCAUUUGCCAGAGGAUAAGAAGGACUCGUUAACAGCCAACGGCCAACUGGAUGAGAUGAUGUUCCAGGCGCAUAUGAUGAUGUACGCUACGUCGAUCCUGCUUCACCAACCUCAUUCGCAGCUCGACUCGUCGCCCUCUCAGAAAAUCACCUCCUGCGCACCGUAUCAGCUCGUUCCGGCUGGAGACCUCUUCAACAAGCAUACAAAGCACACAAUUGCAUCGGCAAACGGCAUCAGCAAGUUGAUUACGCACCGAGUGCCACUGCUGUCUCACACUCAUUUCUUCACCUGCGUCAUCACCCUCUCUUCAAUUGUGCAUCUCAAUAAGUGGGCGCUCUUCUUCAUUCAACACGACGAUGACGACCUGAGACAGCAGAUUCGUCUCAAUAUCGGCGCCUUGAAUGAGCUAUCCGCCGUAUGGGGCGCUGCGGACAGAGCUCGGGGGCAGGUAAAGGGCGUUGCCCAGGAGAUUUAUCACAUCAAGAAAGAGCAGCAGAAGAAUCCUCAGUUCUGGCUUGGUUUCACUCAAGAGGAUGUUAUCAACAGCAUUGCUGCUGAUGAAUCCAUCAUCAGCAACUUUGAUGACAUGACGCCACCGCAUUUGCUCGGCUAA